GCAAUGUCUCAUGUACGUUCAGAGAAAGUCACUUCCUGAAUAAACGUCUACCAGCUUCGCUUCAUUGGUCCACAGCUGAGGGAGUCUGUGUGGUGGUGACGAAGAGCGAGACACGCAGGGGCAGAUCCAGCGAGUAGGAGGCAAAGAGUGGGAGUCAAAGAAUAAGUGGGAACAGAAAGAGAUAGAAGUUUAAAAAAAAGUGUGACAAAGAGAAACAGAUAGACCAAACAGUCAGUCAGUCAGACAGACAGACAGAAACAGCAAGAGAGUGAUUGAUAGUGCGAGAUAGAGAGAUCAAGACCGCAGACAGGCACAAAGCUCCCAGAUCCGAGAGAUUGCCGAAUUUGCUGGGAUCGCAGACCCCGUUUCCAGGAGAAAUUUAACAUCGCCCCCACCGCCUCCGACGUGACCAUGACGGAGCUACUGGGGUUCGAGUUCACCACCGAGGAUUACAACGACGUGGGAACGUUUGACCCGAAUGUGGACUACCGUGACUUUGUCUCGCAGUGUGAGAUGCAGGAGGUGAGGUCUUUCCGGGAGAGCUUCUUGCCCGUCAUGUACGCGGUGAUCUGCGUGCUGGGCGUCCUGGGGAAUGGGCUGGUGGUCCUCACCUUCAUCUACUUCAAGCGGCUCAAGACCAUGACCGAUAUCUACCUGUUGAACCUGGCACUAGCGGACCUCCUCUUCCUCUUCACUCUCCCCUUCUGGGCCGUGUCCGUGGUCAAGCAGUGGAUCUUCGGCCAGCCCAUGUGCAGGACUGUGUGCGUGCUGUACAAGUUGAGCUUCUUCAGCGGCAUGUUACUGCUCAUGUGCAUCAGCAUCGACAGGUACUUCUCCAUUGUCCGGGCCGCCUCCGCCCACCGCCACCGUUCCAGAGCCGUCUAUUACAGCAAGAUCAUCUCCGGCGGCGUCUGGAUCUUGGCCUUCAUCCUGUCUAUGCCCGAGCUGCUCUACAGCGAAGAGAUACAGAGGGGAGGCAUCUUGGUUUGUAAGCUGAGGUCCAACAACAACACCAUGAUGUUCACCACGAGUGCCCAGUUGGCCAUGGGCUUCUUCAUCCCCUUCCUGGUCAUGAUCUUCUGCUACUCCGUCAUUGUCAAGACCCUGCUGAUCUCCAGGAGCUUCGAGAAGAACAAAGCCAUCAAGGUCAUUUCGGUGGUGGUGGUCUUCAUACUCUUCCAGCUUCCCUACAACAGCGUCAUGCUCCUGGACACCAUCAGCAGCAUCAAAGCCAACAUCACCAACUGCGACGUCAACAAGCGGCUGAACAUGGCCCUGGAUGUGACCAAGAGUUUGGCCUACGUGCGCUGCUGCCUGAACCCCUUCCUCUAUGCCUUCAUCGGGGUCAAGUUCCGCAAGGACCUCCUCAGGCUGCUCAAGGGGAUGGGCUGCCUCAGCUCACAGAGGCUUCUGGCUUACAUCAACGUCAAGUCCAGUCUCUCCAGCAAGCGAGGCUCCAUCGCUACCGACACAGACAGCACCACCACCUACUCGCCCUGACCACACAGUCACUUUACACACAAGGUUUCAUCAGCCGUCUGUCUUCAACAGCCUCGCAGCGCAGACACUGAACCUUUGGACUUUGGGGCAGAGCCUCGUUCGCUGAGGGAAGUGCAACAAGACUGAUUCUGCCUUUUUUUUAUUCCCCUGCUUUUAACCCU